CUAUCCCACUGCCUAAAGUUUUAGAAGAUCAAGAUCACGGUUAUGGUAAUCUUCAAAUUGACAAACUUAACCCACCCGUUAAUGGUAGUAUCGAUUCAUUUACUACAACCUUAAAUAUAACCUUUUUUGAUCCCAUUUUUUUGUCGAUCGACAAAAUAUCUGGUUAUAUUACCAUUUAUAAGACUUCUGAUAAUAGUAUUAGACAAAAAAUUUCUCCAACAAUGAAUGAUUUUUGUAAAAUUAGUUUGGAUGGAAAAACUCUUUAUAUAAAUGUUAUUAAUAGUGUAUUUAAUCAGUUUGGUGAAAGUUAUUAUGUGCAAAUGGAUAAUAAUUUUGUUAAAAGUAAAUUUUAUAAUGAACCUUUAAAAGGGAUUGGUGAUGGGAUUUGGAUCCUUACUUCAAGUAUUAAGAACAAUGUAAUUACAGAUAAUUCUUCAGAUAGCGCUAUUGUUGGUAUAGCCGGUAUCAAAAAAGAUGCCAAGGAAAA